AUGUCGAGGGUGGUACUCACUGGUCAACACGUUCUAUUGCCAGGCCAUGAUAACCCUGUUCCCGCAACCAUCUUGGUGGAUCAAGUCUCCGGGAAGAUCGUUGAUGUCAAGCAGGGUUUGAGCACCAAGGAAGACUUUGAAGCCUCCACCAUCAGCUCAUGGAUAGACGCUGGUGAUUUGGUUGUGUUACCCGGCCUUGUCGACGCCCAUGUACAUCUUAACGAGCCCGGAAGGACCGAGUGGGAGGGGUUUUGGACGGGAACAAGGGCUGCUGCGUCGGGUGGUAUCACAACCGUCGUUGAUAUGCCCCUAAAUUCCCUUCCGCCUACGACAACCGUGUCAAACCUCGAGGAAAAGAGAAGCGCCGCCAAAGGACAGUGUCAUACUGACGUCGGCUUCUGGGGCGGGGUGAUCCCAGGGAACCAGGACCACCUCGUUCCAUUGGUUGAUGCUGGGGUCAAAGGCUUCAAAUGUUUCCUUAUUGAAAGUGGCGUCGAGGAAUUUCCCUGCGUUACGGAAGAUGAUUUGCAUCCAGCAAUGGCAAACCUCGAAAAAUCCUCCAGUCUACUUCUCUUCCAUGCUGAAUUGGAUAGCUCCGUAGAUGGAGAAGACGGGCGAGAUCCGACGCACUACUCCACCUUCCUCAAAUCGCGUCCUCCUAGGUUCGAAUGCGACGCUAUCAGCCUAGUCCACAAGCUUCAGAAGCAAUACCCAUCUCUGCGAACCCACAUAGUCCACCUCUCCGCUGCAAAGGCACUGCCAGUUAUUCGAGAAGCCAGAGCUGCUGGGCUACCUCUCACGGUCGAAACCUGCUUCCAUUACCUAUGCCUUGACGCAGAAGACAUUCCCGAUGGCCAUACGGAAUUCAAGUGCUGUCCCCCUGUGCGUGAAUUGGCGAAUCGUGAUCAGCUGUGGGAUGCUCUGAAAGAGGGUAUGAUCGAUUUCGUCGUUUCUGACCAUAGUCCUUGCGUCAUCGAGCUGAAGAAUGUGGAUACUGGAAAUAUCAUGACGGCUUGGGGCGGAAUCAGCACCUUGGGAUUAGGGCUUAGCCUCCUCUGGACAGAGGGUAAGACGAGAGGUUGCUCCUUAGGUCAGGUGGUGGAUUGGAUGAGCCUGAGGACCGCAAAGCACGUUGGUUUAGAGAAGACCAAGGGAAAGCUGGCAGUCGGUUUUGACGGCGACUUCGUUCUUUGGGAUCCGAAUGCUUCUUUUACCGUUACCAGGGACUUUCUCCAGUACAAGAACAAGAUCUCACCAUACGAAGGCAAAGAAUUGACUGGGCGCGUGGAGAAAACCUACCUCCGAGGGUCCUUGAUUUAUGACCGCCGCCACAAUGGGUUUGACGGUCUUCCCCCUCUUGGGAAGCUGAUCUAGCGCGUAUGUAUUAUCGCCAGUCGAAUCAAUCCUUGGUUCCUUUUG